GACCUUUGCAUAAUCCACUUCCUCUUCACACUAUCGCAUCUUCUUCAUUCGAGAGAAGACACCUCUUCACCGUAGCAGAUAAACAUGUCGGGGCUCCUGAGGACCAUCGCCAGCCGUGCUGCUCCUGUGCUGCGGGGACACACAGUCACUCAGAGGGCAAAUCUCUACGCUGGCCCGGCCAAGGAAAAGAUCGGCACUGUUGAAACGAUCAUUGGACUGAGCAUGUUCUCCCUGGCCAUUCUGGGACCAUCUGGAUGGAUCCUGGCCCACUUGGAGGACUACAAGAAGAAAGAAUAAUGUGGACAUUUUAAUAGUGUCAUACCUCGUGCACCCAUGUCUCCCGUCUUUGUUGACAACCUGGGACCAUCAUCAUUAUGUUCUGCUGCAGAGAAGAAUAUGGAACAAGUUUUACAUUCACUCUUCUACCUCUCCGAAAGAUUCACUCCACAUCCCAACUGUUUCCAAACAUAGACUCCUAAUACAUUGAAAUUUGCAUUGCAGAUCUUCUCUCUUAAACAGUAUGUUACAAGAUUAAAUUUUAAACCCAACUA